UCGUGGACAACCUUACUUAUACCAUGAUUAGUUCAAUCAUGUUAUAAUCCUUCUCGUGAUACAAGAAGGUGCCCCCCAACCGUGCCACAUCCGUGGUAGGUCAAGGUGAGAAGAGUCUGAUUAUCUCGUUCUUAAAAGAUUACAUAAAAGUGAAAAUGAAAUUGAACGUUUUAUUAUGUCGAUUAAGAUCGGUGAGACACCAGAUCUCUUGGCAGAGGGUUUUAGAAUGCCCUCGGUUAGCAAAUUCUCUAUUAAAAAAGAGUUCUUUGCUAAUCCUGGACAAGAUCACAAAGGAGACUUGUAUAGCCUUGCAUUUGUUCCUUCGUACUGUAUAUUCGAUGGGGCGAAAAUCUGGAUGGUUGUUUACUGCUCUAUAUUUGAAGCAGUGUUCAAUCCAUUUGAAGAUCGCAUAUGGUGGUGUCUAUGUUAAGAACACCCCUUAUCCAAUAUCAGUAUCCCUCACAGGGUCGGGAUAUCCGAGGAUAAUUCCUGCUUUUGUGCGUAGAACUAUCCUACUACGAAACAGGAGGUCUGAACUUGCUGUCCAGUUAUUUCUUAGUUUCUUUACCCUAUUCGCUAUAGUGGAAAAAGGUAAAGUCAUUAAGUCAUCUCUGUUCAGUUCGAUUAAGACUCCUAUUGCGGAUAUCGAUAGAGUGGCUCGUUGGAUUGGCGGUGCAAAACCCCUUUUCAAGGAGCUGUUCUUGAGGUAUAUCCCGAAGAUCCAAUCUAUUCCCCUUGAACAAGGGAUGCGAUGGAUCCCAUCCUGGAAAAUAGUACCUACUUACACCGCUUUGAACACUUUAUAUGGGAUUUUUCCAGAGAAAGCAAAAUAUAAAGGUGUUAAAUCACCGUUUUUAGUUCAAUCAAUGGAAUUAUCCGCGUUCUCAUUCCUCGUCAAUUUUCUAAAUUCGCGAGGAGAGCAAUGGUGUCAAGGUAUUCUAUUUGAAAAGCGGAUUCGAUUUCCCUUUGAUAAUAGUAAUAGUCUGUUUUCCGGGCUUGACCUAGAGUCUUUUGAGGCCAAGGUUGGUCCUUACCUACCCUCUUGGCACCCAGCAAUGGGUCCUCCAAUGUUAGGGAGGUUGGCACAAACUGUGGAAGGUGGAGGGAAAAGGAGAUUGUUUGCCAUAGGCAACUGGGUGAAUCAGAGGUUACUCACUCCAAUUCAUGUGUGGCUUGCUUCUUGUUUGAAGCAGUUACCCAUGGAUGGGACCUUUAAUCAACUAGGUCCUCUGACCCGGUUAAAGGGUCAACAGUAUGGAUAUUGCUAUGACCUGACAGAUGCCACUGAUAGGUGGCCACUGGUUGUCAUGUUCACUGUGAUGGAAGUCCUGUUUGAUCGAUCUUUUGCUUCUGCAGUAGUUAAUUCCGCAUUGGCAACUAACCGAUUCUUUAUCAGUUUCUUGCCAACAAGUGAUAUAAAGAAUGAAAAUCACUGGAUUAGCUUUAUUGCGGGGCAGCCUUUGGGUUAUAGAGCUUCCUGGCCUCUCUUCUCUCUAUCCCACCAUCUUGUUGUAUGGUGGGCAGCAGAGCAGAUAUAUCCCGGAAUGCUUUUUGAUAGAUAUGCGCUGCUUGGAGAUGAUAUAGUAAUCUCCGAUCCAGCCGUAGCCCAGAAGUACACCGAGGUUCUGUCUGUGCUUGGUGUGUCCAUAUCACAGGGUAAAUCCUUGAUAUCUCACACCGGUGCAGCUGAAUUCGCGAAAAGGUUUGUUAUAAAGCAAUUUUCCACUGACUUGUCUCCAGUGUCAAUGAAAGCAUUGCUUGGAGUUCAUGUUUUAUUAUCUAAAUAUGCUCUUGCCCACCGUUACCGUUCGAUAAGGUUUUCUACCUUUCGGAGGUUAGGUGGUGCGGGAUACAAAUCUUGUUCGAGACUGCCUCCCCAACUCCGCUCUCGUAGAGAGAGAUAUGAGUGGGGUUUGUGGAUGCAGCUUCGGUGGCCCUCCUUAGAAUUCUUCUUUGGAGAUGGCAACCUUCUUCCCCCUGCUGAAUUCUGGUGGGUCUUGAGACAAAUUGUUAAAACUUAUCGUCCAAAGGACCUUAAGGAGCCCCCUGGUGAUAUGUUCAUCACCUCGGAUCAACAUUGUUUUCAGGAGUACACUGGUAUUCGCUGUUGGGUUGAAGAGUGGCUGGGUUACUAUAAAUGGUGGUUACACUAUUAUCAGCUAACAGAAUGUUAUCUGGAUUAUUGUAAUCCCACUAUCAAAAAGAUGAUAGACCGGGUUUCUAUAGACGAUGUCUAUGCUGCUCCAAUGUGCACAAACAGUUGGAGACUUUCUAAUAAAGAUGUGACCUAUAUAAGGUUCUCUUUGCUUCAACGCAUAAAGGAGCUUCUAGAUUCCAAUCCACCAAUAUUGUAUAUUGCUGGAAAGGAGUGGUGUUCUGAUGAGGUGCAAAGAAUAAGUGAUUAUUGUUUGUGUGCCUCAAAGACCCAUAUUGUCUAUGGGGAAGGUCUGUAUCCUUUUUCUGUGAGUUCCUUGGGACUGAUAAUCCCAAGGAUGGCUCAGUGUCCUGGCUGUCUCUCCCGGAAACGGGUGUUGGCAGCUAGUCCGCUGGACCUUUUGUCCAGACUUUAAGGAAAAUGCUUCAAUUCUUUCUCCUUUCGCAGGGAGAAGGUAGGGCUAUAGACUGUAGGGGAGAAGGAAUGGAAAGAAAGCUUUGGGAACUGGCCAUAGGAUUGAUACUAGAUCGCUUAAAGUUACACUCCCAAAAAGAAAAGCUAAUUCAAAUCUAUGUGAAUCGGCUGCCUCUGUUAAUAAAGGCUUAUCAAAAAC